AGAUUUUUUCAACACAAAAGUCUACAAGUAGUACAAGUGGAAAUUUACUUCUCUCUGCUACGAGUCUGCUACUGUACUAGACUACUGAAUCAGAUCUUAAAUUCUUUAUUUAAACUACUAGGAGUUAGGAUAGAUCGUUAUCGUAAUUUCUCGGAUGAAAAUGAAGUUUACAAGCUUUGCCAUUCUGAUACUGUUUAUCGCGUAUUCACACUGCUUGAAACUCAACUUUAAAAAUGUUGAAAACUUCGUGAUUGAGAAAGAGCAAAGCGUUGUGCGUCAAGUAUCGAAACUAGAAAACCAAGCCACUUCCCUGCUUUCGUCAAAUUUAAUAAGACAUCAUUUCCCUCAAAGACUUGGAAGUAGGCCUACUGGUUUGUCCUCUUCAACUAAAAGAAGAAUUCUUACUGAUGACUUCAAAUGGAAAUCCUGUGGACCAGCUGACCAAUCAAUAGAGCUACGCAAUCUUACCAUUAAUCCUUCUCCACUCUACUUCCCCGGGAAGCUUAGCUUUGGGUUUGAUGUUGUCUUUCACAGUGCAAUAAAUCCAAGUGACAAAAUAACAGGAUCUUUGAAAUUAUUGUUCCAAGCAAGUUCUGGUUCCUGGAUCUCUAUCCCAUGUAUUGGCCAGAUUGGCUCCUGCACUUACACAGACAUCUGCUCCAUGACGCAGGCCAUCAGCUGCCCCGAUGAGUUGAAAAAGAAAGGCAUUCCAUGCACCUGUCCAUUUAAUGGUGAAUACAAACUUGAUAACUUUGACGUGGAGAUUGAUGCUGCUAUUUUCCUUAGUGGGAACUACCAAGGACAAGUCAUCUUAAGUGACAGCAACAGGGGACAGAUGGCCUGCUAUGUUGUGUUUUUCACUAUUGGAUAAGAAAUUGAUUUUCUUGAGAAUGUUGUUUUUUUUUAAACUUUUGCUUAAAGUUAUGCUUUAUGUAGAUUUUUAAUUUGAUGAGACAACCAGAAUUAGUGUAAUUUUUUUUUAUCCAGAUUUUAAAUACUACCUAUGGUUAACAUUUAAAUUUUUAAUUUAUUGCUCCAAGAUUAAAAAGUUUAGAGUUUUUAUUUAGAGAUUUCUGGUUUAUGUUUUUCAUAUUUUUACAGUAUACAAAGGUUAACAUUUUAAUUUUUACUGUUCAAAGGUGUGGAAUUUAUUUAUUUAUUGGUAAUAUAUUCAUCUCAAUUAAAAGAAAACAAUUUUUAAUAUGUAUAUUUCAGAGAGAGUAAAAUUAUGUAGAUCUCUGAGCUCAGACUGCAAAAGGAUAUAAAAUUUUCUUAUUAUCUUUAACUUUAACAAGCUAGAUCAUGUUGCGACAAGUAAAUACUAAGUUUAUUGAGAUUAGCCUGAUGUGGUUUUACAUUUUUGGUUUCAUUACUUUUGUCACGAAUACAUUUUUUGGAAAACACCUUCAAGCUUUCUUUGAUUAGAAUCUAUUAUUAUAGUGUUAAACUCACUAUUGAACUGCAUUCCACUUGUUCUAAGAAUAUCUUACUUACCUAGAGUUUUUCAAAGGGGGUAAUGAAAAUUCCUAUGAACAGUUUCGGUUACAAUGAUAUUACAUAAACAGAUCUUUAUAUAGUGUAAAUAACUGAAUUACUUUCCUUUUAACCAUAUUUAUUAUAUGAGCUAUCCCUUUAUUUUAUAAUUUUAUUUUAAAAUGACAUUUUUUCCUUAUAAGCAAUAUAUAUUUUAAGUGCUUUGAGAAAUGAAAAGCUAUAGGGCCUAUUUGACUUAUUUUUUACAAUAUGUUUUCCAAUUGGAAAAUCUUUUUUGCUCCUGUUUUUUUUUCUUUCACUUAAUUUAUUGUUUUGUAGAGCUUAAUAUCUUGGUUUCAGUCAAUGUAUUAUGUAUGAAAUUUUAUAAUCACAACAGUGUUAUUUAAGUCCUAAAAAGUCCUAAAAAUAGGUGCUUGGUUGCUGGUUAGGUUGGAUUAAGAAAUCUGUUUAACAUCUGAAAUCAUGAUUUCCAUCAAGAUUGUAAAGACUAAGGACAAGAGGGAAAAAUUUUUUGGAUGUUUUAUUAUGUGAAAAUUAAUUAGAAAUCCUACACUUGAUUAUCUCGGGUGCAUCAUUUGUUUCAACUCAUUGACCAUUUAAUCAUUUGUGAGAAAGUGAAAUAUUUGUUAAGCAAUUUUUUUACAAUAAAGUUAAUUUUCUCUUCAGAA